CUCUAUCUACGUAGAGUAUUUAUUAAAACACGGAGGGAGUAUAAUUUCCCAAUUUUUUUUGACAGUCAAAGUGUCAAGUUUCAAUUUCAUAGAGGGGUAUCCAAUUUCCAGUGUCAACAAAGAUUACGAAAUGAAAUGAACAUAGCAAGAAGAACAAUAUUCAACACUAGGCUUCUCAAUUCCUACUCAAUUUCUCUCUCCAAAUUUCAAUCAAACAAAACUCCUCUUCAUUCCUAUUCUUCAUCCAUCUUCAACAGAGCAAUCAGCGGCAAUCUGCCGCCAUUAAAGCACAAAAAUUCAAGCUUUUCAACAAUAAUGUCUUCCUCUUUCAAGCCUGAACAAGCUAGGGUUCCUCCUGCUCUUCAAUUGCCCACCCCUCCAAUCACCAAGUAUAAAAUUGGCCUUUGUCAGCUUUCUGUAACAUCAGAUAAAUCGAGGAAUAUUGCUCAUGCUAAGAAGGCUAUUGAGGAUGCUGCUCAAAAGGGUGCCAAGCUUGUUGUGUUGCCUGAGAUUUGGAAUAGUCCAUAUUCAAAUGAUAGUUUCCCUGAGUAUGCUGAAGAUAUUGAUGCUGGUAGCAAUGCAUCUCCUUCGACAGCAAUGCUCUCUGAAGUUUCUCGCGCCUUGAAGGUCACAAUAGUUGGAGGAUCCAUUCCAGAACAUGCUGGGGAUCGUUUGUAUAAUACAUGCUGCGUUUUUGAUACUGAUGGAAAGCUAAUUGCUAAACAUAGGAAGAUACACCUAUUUGAUAUUGAUAUUCCUGGAAAGAUCACUUUCAAGGAAUCACAAACUCUUACAGCAGGAGAGACUCCUACAGUUGUAGAUACAGAGGUUGGACGCAUUGGAAUAGGCAUCUGUUAUGACAUUCGCUUUCAGGAAUUGGCAAUUCUAUAUGCCGCAAGAGGAGCUCAUUUGCUGUGCUAUCCUGGAGCGUUUAACAUGACUACUGGACCGCUGCACUGGGAAUUGCUUCAGAGGGCAAGGGCUGUUGAUAAUCAGUUAUAUGUAGCUACUUGCUCUCCUGCACGUGAUGCUGGUGCUGGUUAUGUCGCUUGGGGUCACUCUACACUUGUUGGACCUUUUGGAGAAAUCUUGGCCACAACAGAACACGGUGAAGAGAUCAUAAUAGCUGACAUUGAUUACUCAUCAAUUGAACUCCGAAGGACUAAUCUUCCAUUGGAGAAGCAACGCCGAGGGGAUCUUUACCAGUUGGUGGAUGUACAAAGAUCAUGAUCUUUAUGGCAUGCUGGGAGCCUGGGAUAUAUAUGAACAUUAGAUGACAAACAACUUUGAGAAGGUGAAUACUGCAUUCAUUAGCAAACUUGGUGGCUUUCAACAGACUAGAAUAAAUGUAUUGCUUGUAAAGUUUCCACGUUGAAAUGAGCUUAAGCGAAGUGGAUAGCAGUGUUGAACAAAUUUCUUAGGCAAAAUAAGAAAAAGGUAAUUGCAUGAGAAAACUAGUUGAAUAUGACUGGAGACUUUUGUAUUUCACAAAGGAGUAAUAUGUACCUCUAGUCGGAAUCAAGAUUAAGAAGACGGAGUAUUGACAUUAUGAUCGUAAAGUGUCAGUCUGUUAGAUAUUGUAAAUUACUCUAUCCUAAUAUAUGAAGACAGAGUAUCGACAUAAUAGUACUAGUACUUCAA